AUGGCGUCAUAUCACCUUCCUGAAUACUGGGACCAAAGGUACCAAACUGACACGGAGAUCUUCGAGUGGUACCAGCGAUACACAGAACUGAAGCCGAAGAUCCAGGAUCUGCUGCCGAAGGGUGGUCGAUGCCUGGUUGUCGGGGCCGGGUCCUCCGAGCUGUCCUUCGACCUGUACGACGACGCAGAGGUGGGCAUCAAGGACAUCGUCUCCAUUGAUGUCUCCCAGGUCGUUGUACGCCACAUGCAAGGCCUUGUCGGAGACCGCAAGGGAUGCGAGUACACCGUGAUGAACGUCACAGAGCUCACUUACCCCGACGACAGCUUCGAUGUUAUCAUUGACAAGGGCACGCUGGACUCGUUGCUGUGCGCUGAGAACGGGAAGGAGAUAAGCACCAAAGCAUUGGAGCAGAUCUUCCGCGUGCUAAAACCGCAGGGAUACUACAUCUGCAUCAGCUAUGCAAACUCAGACAUGCGUAUGGUCUUCUUCACACAGGAAAUGCUUGAUUGGGAUGUUGAGAUCAGGCAAAUACCAAAGCCGAAGCUCAUGGACUCGGUGACGAGUAACGACGAGUUUCAUUACAUCUAUAUCAUGAAGAAGCGCGGAGAGCCUGUUACUGAGCAGAAGUCUAAGAAGAAGUAG